GCGCGCAUACGUACAGCCAGAGAGAAACAAGCAGUGGCAGGAUGGCGAGCAAGGACACAAGACAGAGUUUUCCACAUCCAGCCCGAACAAAAUCACCAUGUGUCGGAUUUCUGCGCCUUUUAUUUAUUGCAUUUAUUCACAUGGCACAGGCGAACAAACAAGCUUUCAUACAAUCAGAAAACAUCCUGGAGGUACUACAUUUUGGGGAAGGAGGCCUCUUGCAGACAGAGCCUGAUAUUGAUCUUAGCUCAUAUCGUCAAAAAAUUGUGUCGUCCCAGAGGGGAAACAGCAGGCCAAUACGCUUUGAGCCUCCAAUGCUGGACUUUCAUGAACAGCCAGUUGGAAUGCCAAAAAUGGAAAAAGUUUACUUACACAAUCCAAGUUCAGAAGAAAUAAGUUUAAUAUCAAUAUCAGCAACAACAUCACAUUUUCAUGCAUCCUUUUUUCAAAAUAGGAUAAUUCCACCUGGGGGCAACACCUCAUUUGAUGUGGUGUUUCUAGCACGAGUAGUAGGAAAUGUAGAAAAUACCUUAUUUAUUAACACAUCGCAUCAUGGAGUAUUUACAUACCAGGUGUUUGGUGUGGGCAUACCUAAUCCUUACAGACUCAGGCCCUUUGUAGGUGCCAGAGUUCCAGUAAAUAGCAGCUUCUCUCCACUUAUAAGCAUUUUUAAUCCACACAGUGAACCACUGCAGGUUGUAGAAAUGUAUACCAGUGGAGGAGACCUACAUUUAGAAUUGCCCACUGGCCAACAAGGUGGCACCAAAAAAUUAUGGGAGAUCGCUCCAUUUGAGACAAAGGGUGUGAUGAGAGCCAGCUUCUCCUCACGAGAUGCCGACAACCACACAGCCUUUAUCAGGAUUAAAACAAAUGCGUCCAAUGAGGACGAGUUUAUCAUCCUUCCCGUGGAGGUUGAAGUCACCACAGCACCUGGUAUAUACUCCUCCACAGAGAUGCUGGACUUUGGUACGCUUCGGUCGCAAGAUCGACCUAAACAACUGAAUUUGCAUCUAUUAAAUUCUGGAGCAAAAGAUGUAUCAAUAAUGAGCGUACGGCCAACUCCAUCUAACGAAGCUGUCACAGUUGAAUUUAAACAAGUCACACUAAAAGCUGGCGAAAGUCGAUAUACCAAAGUCGCAAGUAUUAUUUUUGAUGCUUCAAAAGCAAGAAGAUCAGACCAGUUUUCUGGAAAAAUUACAGUGAAGGCAAAAGAGAAAAGCUACUCAAAACUUGAAAUCCCAUACCAAGCUGAGGUUUUAGAAGGGUACCUGGGCUUUGACCACACAGCCACCCUGUUCCACAUCAGAGACAGCCCUGUAGAUCCCGUGGACAGGCCCAUCUACCUCACCAAUACCUUCAACUUUGCCAUACGCAUACACAAUGUGUCACUUCCUGAAGAGGCCAAAACCAUGUUUAAUGUACAUAAUUUCAGCAUGCCAGUUCUUAUCCCUCCCCAUGAGUCACGCUACAUUUUCUCCCUACUUUUUCGGCCAGUGCGACCCUCCAUCAACAUUGACAGUAACAUUCUCCUCAUCACCAACGCUUCUAAAUUUCACCUGCCUGUCAGGGCCUACACAGGCUUUUUGGAGCCCAUUGUGCUUCCUCCCUGUCCUCGGGAGCACAUCUUGGACUUUGGUGUCUUAAGUGCCACAGAUACCAACAGUUUACUGUUUGUGGUGGUCAACAGUAACCCAAUCGAGUUGGAGAUAAAGUCCUGGUUGGUUACAGGAGACAGUCUGUCAAUGGAGUUACUGAACACAGAAAGAGGGAACAGAAGUGCAGCAUUGAGCAGAAUCAUAGAGCUCCAAAACACCUCAGCUGCCCAGUACAAAACUGUCAUUUUAGCCUCAGGCUAUUACGCAGCUUUUAAAGUCACACUGUUGGCUAAGGCUUUAGAGGGUGUUUAUGACGGAGCUGUACACAUUACAACAGAUUAUGAGAUAUUGACCAUCCCUGUAAAGGCCCUCAUAGCAGUGGGAACGUUGAGCUGUUCACCUAAACACAUCAUCCUACCCCCUUCCUUCCCGGGAAAAGUAGUUCACCAAGGAUUCAGCAUUUUGAGUUCGUUCUCGCAGAAAGUAAAGCUUCAGCAAAUUCGCUCUCUCACAGAGGAUGUCCGGUUUUACUACAAACGACUUCGCAAUAACAAAGUGGAGUUGGAACCCCGACGAAAGUCCAAGAUUGCAAACAUUUAUUUUGAUGCCAGUUUGCAGUGUGGCGAUCACUGUUACGUGGGGUUACCGUUUGUGCUGAAAUCCGAGUCCAGGCCCCAUGGUGUGGUUAUGCAGGAGGACAUAUGGGAUGCUGAUGUAGAUCUACAUCAAAGGCUCCUGAAAAGAUGGCGGGAGCUCAAAGAGCAAUCAGGCUUUGAGAUUGAAGCCUUUUUCGAAGUGAACACAGAUCUGCAAAAAAACGUGCAGGCUAAAAUCUCUGCGCAGCUUACAUGGCCCUCAUUGGUCAACUCAUCGCAACAGAUACAUUUCCCUCUCACAAGCACCAAUAGCUCAUCGGAAGAAGAAGUGAUUUUAGAAAACCCAGCCGAUGUCCCAGUCUAUGUUCAGGUUCUUCCUGUGGCUCUGUACCCGAAUCCCUUAGUGUUUUCAGGAAAAAUUACUGACAGGUUUCCUUUCGGAAAGUUGUCUAACAUAAACAUUGACACAAAUACACUGGAAUUCCAAGUUCAGAAAAAUCAGUCUUCAGUUAUGAAGAGUUCCACAGGAUUUAUUGAAGGUUUGAUUCGGCCCUACGUAUACAACCUGCUGCUUAUGCCUGGGGAGGUGAAGUCCUUCAAUGUGAGGUUUAAACCCAUCAGCAAUCACACCGUGUCCUCUCUCCUGGUCAUCAGGAACAACCUGACAGUGAUAGACCUGAUUAUGGUUCAUGGUCGAGGCACCACAGAGAGUCUGAGGCUGGCUGGUAAAGCCCCAGGUGUCGGCACCUCCCUGAGGUUUAAACUUACUGAAGCAUUCCUCAAAGACUGUUUAGAUGUUAAAGCCAAGGAACCGAACUUUACUCUUCGAAAGACUUUCAGACUGGAGAACACAGGGCUUCUCCCAAUUCACAUCCAAUCUAUGGAGAUUAGUGGCAAUUCAUGUGAAGGCUAUGGAUUCAAAAUUCUCAACUGUGAAGAUUUUGCACUCAAACCAAACACUUCAAAAGACCUCAUCAUACUGUUUACACCCGAUUUCACAUCAUCUCGAGUUAUCCGGGAGCUGAAGUUGGUGACGUCGGGGGGCUCAGUGUUCGUGUUCACACUGAAUGCCUCAUUGCCAUAUCACAUGCUGGCAGUGUGUGCCGAGACCCUUCCCCGUCCCAGCUGGGAGCUCGAACUCUACAUCAUCGUCUCUCUUAUUAUGAGCUCCAUGUUCCUGCUGGUUAUAGCUACAGCCUAUCUUGAGGCCCAAGGAAUAUGGGAACCCUUCAAACGACGGUUGUCUGUGGAAUCCAACUCUCCCAUGGAGACUGGAAAACCAUUUGAUCUCAGGGAAAUUGUACGAAUUCAAAGUGAAGCUAACUUGAAUGAUUUUGCAGACUCAAACCAGAAUUCGACUAGAGGAAUGUACGGGUCAAGCGGUGGCGGGCGGGCCGGCGUUCGGCAAGGUGGUCCGCAUUCCAGUUCCAACGGCAACGGUGUCCUGCCAGACAGCAAGCCCAGAUCUGGUUCAGGGCGCUCUGGAUCUAUGCAAUCCUCUUCCACCUUUCCUCUCAAUAAAGACAGUAGCCAGCUGACUAACCGAAAGGCCCGGAGUUCCAGACAGCAGCAGCAGCAGCAGGGGUCCGGCCUUCUAGAGGACCUUCCGACCUCAGGACCUUCACAGUCCAACAGGGCCCACAGUACAGAAGAUCAGGAUUACAACAGACUCCUGGUAGCUAUGGAUAAAGACCUGGACAGGCCAGAGUCCCCUGCCAUUGUGUCUUCAGAACAGAUUUCACAACCGUCUCCACCCAACAAAGUGCUUGAAGCAAAAGGGAAAGUGAAGAAUAAAACAAAAGCUCCCAAGAAGAAAGAGGAGAGGAAAACAAAGGGAAAGACUCAAGAUGAUUUAAAAGAACCACUUGCAGACAAUGAUGACAGCUCCUCUACUACAACGGAGACCUCAAAUCCAGACAUGGAGGCCAAUAUUAAAGAGGCACGUGUCUAUACGCAGAACAAUACGGAACCAGUGAAGCUGAAAGGCAAAACAGUGACAGUGGACAGUGCAAAAGAAAGAGAAGAAAUCACUCCCUCCCCAACUAAACCAAAAAAUAAGAAACAAUCAGCUAAAAAGGAAAACCAAGUGGAAAAAUCCAGCUCUCUAGAACUCCCCUACAUCACCCCUUUGGAAAAACAGGACAAGCAACGGAAAACCUUCACCAAAACACUCAACAAUCCGGGAAUUCAUAGUGUCUCCAAACCACGGGUUCUGAGCAAAUUGGUCUGUGGAAAGAUGGUGGAUGAGCGGCCAUCUCCGCUUGGAAAGUUUCAGUCCAACGGCUCCAUGCAGGAGUUGGGCCACAGCAGUGGAUCUGAAGGGGAGAAAGAGUCCCCUCCGCCAGAAUGGGACGUUCCCAUCAACAAAUCAGAUGUAGACAGUCUUCAGCAGAUAUCUAUGCAGACCAUGCAUGCAGACCAAUUCCUGAAAGGACCCAGUUCGGUUAUCUCCAGAACCUGUUCACCACCCCCAACCUCCCCAAAUCUGGUGCCUCGUGGAAGUGCCUACAACAGCAUCCUCCACACCAACAGCGAGGUUACUUUAAAGAAGGCCCCAGGGAAUAAACUCACCAAGUCAGCUUCUCUACCCGGCCAAAAUGGAAAUCCUACUUUUGCAGCUGUAGCUGCUGGCUAUGACAAAAGUCCUGGUGGCAGUGGCUCAGGUAAACCUGAUAGUCUGGGAAAGAUGGCGUUGGCUCACAUGACAUCAGUGGAGAGUGAUGGAUCUGAUAGCUCUGGACUGUGGAGCCCAAUAGACAGCGCAAACAGCCCCAGUUUUGGUCAAGUUAACUCUUUCUCUGCUUUUGGACCCAACAACCCGCUUAACCUGUCUGGAGUGUUCAGAGGUAUGACUGUUCCUAAAAGUUCUGAGCCCCAGCAGACCUGGCCUGACUACACUCCAGUGUCACCGUCCAUUUGGGAUACCGAGCCUAGUAAUUCCUGGGCAACCAGCACUGGAUCCCCAGCAACUCCAACAACUUCCAUUUUAGGGAAUGCACGCAGUCCCUGGUCCUUCAGCAGCUCCAUCUGGUCCACUGGCAAUGACUCCACCCUCAACCCCUUCAACCCUCCCACUCCCACCACUCUCCCUGAUUUGGUCAGCCACACCGCACCGCCCACACCUGCCCCCAGUGACAUGGGCCGCACCUAUAACCCCUGGAGCAUGCCGUGGUCUUCGGCACUAAAUCGCUGGAACUCAGAGCCGUGGCCUAACAGCCCUGACAACAACAACGGCAACUGAGACAGAUUGCCCCAUUGAGCAACAGAAAAUGCAGUGGUUUCUAAUAUUGUUUUAUUUUUCUUUGUAAAACAGUACUUUGUUGUACAUCAAGAUAAUUUUAAUUUUAAAAUUCAUUGGAAAAAAUGUACACUGAAAAUCCAGUGUUGCAUUACCAAGUCCCCUUUAAGUAUAUUUCUUUCGGUGGGAUAUCAUAAAAAUGCCUUAAGUUAAAUUUUAACUGACGUAAGGAAUGAAAGAUCAUUGGCCAAACGCAAUCCUAUUGCCCUUGUAGGGAUGUUUUUUUUUUCUUUUUCGAUUUUAGAGAUUCCCUAUUUUGAGAUAUACUGCAUUUAGAAUUCAGGUAUAUGGCCCAGUAUUACUGUAUGAUUUAAGAUACAGUGUUACUCAGCCUGAACAUGUUGAAAGCACUUUGUUGUAAAACCCUGCUCAUACAGAGCGAUUAUUUUGCCUUGGGGAUUUCAUUCAUUUUAGAGCAUUUUCGGACCGCACUUGUUGGUUGAUUUAACAUUUGGAAAGAUUAAGUGGUUGGCAAAAUUUGUUUAUUAGGGCAGUAAAGUCUUACCCCUCUAAGUCAAGGCCAGAUUGUAAAUGACUUGGGAUUUUAUUUAGUUUUAAUUGGCCACCGCUUAAAGUGAAAAGCUUUAUUUGCAAAUAUUGACUUUUAAUUUGAGGGAGCCUAAAGAAAAUGAAAUGUGUUCUUCUGUGCAUCAUUCAUUUGUCACUUCAAGAAUGAAAGAUUGGUCACAUUGGUUGAAAUAAACAUAUCAGGCUGGAA